AUGGCGGCAAAUAGCAGCAUGCGUAGGAAUACUGUUGUCGCGCCACCGAGCCUUCACCCGCGCACGUCGUCGCAUUCCACUCAAACACCCGAACCCUCGCCCAUAGACUCGAUGCCCGCGCAAUUGGGCUCUAAUAUGCCUUCCAUCUCCACCACAAAGCCGAAUGGCGCUCCGGCAUUGCUCAGGAAGCAGUCGUCGCCUAUGAUGCCUCCUUUCAUGGUUUCCGCACCAGGCAAGGUCAUCGUCUACGGAGAACACGCGGUAGUACAUGGCAAGGCUGCUAUCGCCGCCGCCAUAUCGCUCCGAUCCUAUCUCCACGUCUCGUUUCUCUCCAAAUCGAAUCGGACCGUUAAGCUGCGCUUCCCCGACAUACAGAUGGAGCAUACCUGGAACAUCGACGACCUGCCCUGGGACAGCUUCUCUAAAUCAGGCAAGAAGAAGUACUACUACGACCUCGUCACGUCUCUGGAUCCCGACCUUAUGGCCGCCAUACAACCCUUUAUCGAUGAAGUCUCGCCAAAAGCCCCCGAGUCGAUACGCAAGAUCCACCAUGCCUCUGCAUGUUCUUUCCUAUACCUCUUCCUUUCUCUCGCAUCCCGCAAAGUGCCCCCGUGUGUUUAUACUUUACGAUCUACAAUUCCCAUUGGUGCAGGCCUGGGCAGCAGCGCCAGUAUAUCCGUCUGUUUGAGUACGGCAAUGCUUCUGCAGAUACGUGCACUCAGCGGACCCCAUCAGGAUCAGCCGCCACAAGAAUGCGAGCUCAACAUUGAGCGCAUAAACCGAUGGGCGUUCGUCGGCGAGAUGUGCAUACACGGAAAUCCCUCAGGCGUCGACAAUACCGUCUCCUCAGGUGGUAAAGCAGUCUUGUUCCAGCGAAGGGAUUACGACAAGCCACCUCUAGUCAUACCGCUGCAUAGCUUUCCUGAGCUUCCACUGCUGCUUGUCAACACACGACAAUCUCGCAGCACGGCCACCGAAGUCGCCAAGGUCGCCAACCUACGCAACGUGCACCCCGCCCUCACAGAGAAUAUCCUCAAUGCCAUCGGCUUAGUGACCGAAUCUGCACACAAACUACUCACAUCACCAGACUUCGACGCAACCUCCCCCGACGCACUCAAACACCUCGGCGAACUCGUCACGAUAAACCAUGGUCUACUCGUCUCAUUAGGCGUCUCACAUCCCAAACUCGAGCGUAUCCGUGAAAUCAUCGACCACACUGGUAUCGGGUGGACAAAGCUCACAGGCGCGGGAGGCGGAGGAUGCGCCAUUACUAUCCUCAAGCCCCAGCCCCCAGCGCUGACCAACGGCCACGCAAAUGGCUUACACCACGAUAUCUCAUCUGACGAAUCUGACACGUCUGAUGAAGCGGAUAUCGACUGCGGCGCAUCCAUAAUAUCUAAUGGUACAAAGCUGAAAUACAAGAUUCUUGACUCCCUCGAGGUAAAGCUGGAGAAUGAAGGCUUUGAGAAGUUUGAAACGACGCUUGCCGGUGACGGCGUGGGUGUGCUUUGGCCUGCAGUACUACACAAUGGCAAUGAAGAGGAAGGUGGGGAGGAGAUUGACCAAGAAAAGUUUCUUCGGGCUGAGGGCACUAUCGGCAUUGAAAGACUGGUCGGAGUGUCGAGUUCGAGACGGAAGGGUGUUCGAGAAGUCAGAGAAGGGUGGAAAUUCUGGAGGCCCUGGGAGGUUCCUGAGCGGUAA